AUGUUCCGCUUCCUGUCCCCUGUCGCACGCGUCGCCCAUGCCAGCCACAACACCCUCCCCGCCUCCGUACCAGUAACCCGUCCGUGUCAGUACACGACGACUGCCCUCCGCGAGGCAAAGAACCUCCCCCCCCGGCCCAAACCGCCCCCCGAUGCCGAGAUCGACGAGUCUUUCCUCAAAGGCAGCGGACCUGGUGGCCAAAAGAUUAAUAAAACAAACUCGGCCGUUCAGCUGAGGCACGUUCCGACCGGCAUCGUCGUCAAAUCACAGGCCACCCGCUCCCGCAGCCAGAACCGCAAGCAGGCGCGCGAGUUGCUCGCCCAGAAGCUCGACGAUUUUCUCAACGGCCACCAGAGCCGCUCCUCCAUCGUAGGCGAAGUGAAAAGAAAAAAGGCGGCGAGCGCGGCAAAGAAGAGCCGGCGCAAGUACAGGAAGCUCCAUCCUGAGCAGGAGACUGGCGAAGGCUCCCAAGAAUCCGUCGUAGAGGACCUCGCCGCGGCCGAGGACGAGGCCAAGGGCUCGGGAGGCCAGUCCGAAGCCGAAGCCGAAACGGUAGGGGCUGCGGUGGAAAGGAACAGUAGCAGCAAUCAAGACAAGAGACCGUGA